ACUCCAGGGAAGGGGCGCUGCCGGCUGGCUGACGUAAUCUCUUUGCGCCGGAAGUGCCGCCAUGCGGGGGCGGCUGCUCCGCGCGUGGCGUGAGGGGCUGAAGGCGGCGGGCGGCGGAGUGGGUGCUCGGCGGGAGCCGCCAUGGCGGGUGUUGUUCUUCGGUACCGACCGCUUUUCUGUCACUGCUUUACGGGCCCUGCAGGCCGCCAGGGAGCCCAGCAGGGACUUGCUUGUGUCCAGGCUGGAGGUGGUGACGCUGCCCUCCCGCCUGCCCGGGGACCUGCCUGUGAAGAGCUGUGCCCGUGAGCUGCAGCUGCCUGUGCACGAGUGGCCGCAGACGGGGCCUGUAGGGCAGUUUGAUGUUGGUGUGGUGGCAUCCUUCGGGCGUCUCCUAAGCGAGGACCUUAUUUUGCAAUUCCCGUAUGGGGUGCUGAAUGUCCAUCCCAGCUGCCUCCCACGGUGGCGUGGUCCUGCACCAAUAGUCCACACAGUACUUCAUGGUGACAAAGUGACCGGAGUGACAAUUAUGGAAAUAAGACCAAAGAGGUUUGAUGUAGGUCCAAUUAUUAAACAAGAAGAGUGUCCUGUUCCUCCUAAAUGUACGACAAAGGAGUUGGAAGUGAUAUUAGCAGAGAUGGGUGCAAACAUGCUGCUGUCAGUUUUGAAAAACUUGCCUGAAAGUUUAGAAAAUAAAAAAGAACAACCAAAAGAAGGAGUAACAUUUGCUCCUAAAAUAUCUGUAGCUAAGAGUUGUAUAAAUUGGGAAGAGCAAACAGCUGCACAAAUAAUUCAGCUGCAUCGUGCCAUAGGAAGUAUGUUUCCUUUGCAGACGCUUUGGAAGGGCAGCACUGUUAAACUUCUGGAUUUUGUGGAAGUGGAUAAUAUCCUUGGUUCUGCUGAUCAAGUAUUAAGUGACCAUGGAGCUGUUCCUGGCUCACUACUAUACCAUAAAACGUCCCAAACGCUGAUCGCUCAUUGCAAGGAUGGCUGGGUUGGAAUCAAAACAGUUGUAUUAAAGAAGAAGCUUACAGCAGUUGACUUCUACAAUGGAUACAUGCACUCUUGGUUCCAGCAGAACACAAGAACAGUUCAUCGGGAAUGCAGAUUUCAAACACUCAAACUUAACACAGCAAAAAAGACUCUGAAAGAGAGGUUGUCUAGAACACGUGGUCCUCCAAGGAAUCCAUGUCUGUGAAUGCAAGGCAAAAGCUGCAAGCAGCAGUAAGGUAGAAGUUGGGUUUCUGCAGAGACUUCCUUUGUGUCUGUCUGCAGCCUCCAGGGUGCAGUUUGUGCUGCAGGCCUUUUAAAACUGCUGACAAAAUUCCCUGGAAGUUCUUCUAACUUUCUCAGGCUCCUUUGCUUUUCUUGAACCUGCUGUGGCAUCAUCGUAGCAAAGAACUGUGUAGGGAUCCCAGGGAAAGAUCCUCUGAAAUUACUUCAGAAUUUACCAAAGAUGCCAUUCUGUUCUGCUGUGUUUAAAUUACUCAGAGAGCAAACCCCUUUGGACAGAGCAUAGCAUUCCAAACUGAUGUAAGCAAAGCAGCAUUCGUGCUGGGUGGCAUUAUUGCUGGUAGCUGGAAUACCAACUUCCAACUAGCAGUGUCUGCAUUAAAUGUUGGCAAUUUGCACGUCUCCUACUGGCAGUUUGUGAUUAUGCCUUGUGUGAGAUCUGUUGCUGUUAGUCACUGGUGGUGGCGAUUUCAGUUCCUAAGCAUAGGGUAGCAGUUUCCUUCUGUCUUACAGGGAGUUCAAAGUAGCGUGCACUCAGACACCCAGUAGAUGGUGCUCACUGCAUCACUUUUAGGGGAGCAACAGGGUCAGCGGGCAGAUCUUGAAAAAUAUGGUCCAGAAUGUCUUCAGUUUUGUUUAAUACCAAAUGAUGUCUAAACAGUGCAGUGGCCAGAGUUCCGAUACCUUUUGAAGUUAAUCCUCUCAGAAUUUCCUUCUAUACAAGAGGUUAUCAGAAAUCAGACAGUUUGCUGUAGCUUAGCUGUUGGUUAUCCUGGCUUUGAAUAUGCACAACUUUCCCCCGUUGUUUUAUGGAGGAAUUAUGCUUAAUUUAUUUUUUUUUACAGGGGAAAUCUUUGACGUGCUAUAUUUGACAUGGUGGAGAAGCUUUAAAGGGAAUUGGAGUUCCCCAGGGAGCUGUUAGCCAGAAUGUUUCUUUGGAAACUUUGCCUUCACCUGACUAUAGGGAUUUAACCCAGAA